AUGUCUUAUCACGCACAGGCCCAGAGUGUGAGGGGGGUCUCAGGGGCCUCACCACGCCCCGGCAGCCCCUGUACCAGUACCCCAGCCCCCAGCCGCAGACCUCUGGAGAUCUGCAUUAGACCAGAACUGUUUUCACCUCCGUCGUCCUCUCUCUGCACAUUCCACACAGACCCCAACCUCGUGCUAAGGCAAGCAGAGGGCAGCAGUCUCAACACACGACAGCGUAGGAACCUGCGCUCGGCUUUCGACAACAGAACGAGGGAAUGUGGCCCAAAUUCCUUCCAACACAUCUGCACUGACAGAGCUGUGGUCCUGCCUCAGCACAUCUGCACUGACAGAGCUGUGGUCCUGCCUCAGCACAUCUGCACUGACAGAGCUGUGGUCCUGCCUCAGUACAUCUGCACUAACAGAGCUGUGGUCCUGCCUCAGCACAUCUGCACUAACAGAGCUGUGGUCCUGCCUCAGUACAUCUGCACUAACAGAGCUGUGGUCCUGCCUCAGCACAUCUGCACUAACAGAGCUGUGGUCCUGCCUCAGCACAUCUGCACUAACAGAGCUGUGGUCCUGCCUCAGUACAUCUGCACUAACAGAGCUGUGGUCCUGCCUCAGCACAUCUGCACUGACAGAGCUGUGGUCCUGCUUCAGCACAUCUGCACUGACCGAGGCUCACACCAGAUGUGUCAGGUCUUUUUGGAGUGCAGGGGCCACUCCUGA